GAGUGUCAGAAUGCCAUCCAGGGAGUCUUACGAGGUCCGGAAGGGAGAGAAGUCUUUGGUGCACAAGGCAAAGCAGGAGGCCAACCAGCAGGACAUACUGGCUGCUGCUCUGGGGAUGAGGAUCUCAGGACCCCAGAAACCUCCAGCCACUAUUUGGCAGCCUCUCAAACUGUUUGCCUAUUCACAGCUCACCUCGCUGGUCCGCAAAGCCGCACUGAAGGAUAACAGCCUGCCGCCCAAGUACGAGAAAGUCCACAACUUCAAGGUCCACACGUUCCGGGGACCUCACUGGUGUGAAUACUGUGCCAACUUCAUGUGGGGGCUGACGGCUCAGGGAGUCAAAUGUGCAGAUUGUGGCCUGAAUGUCCACAAGCAGUGCUCCACUAUGGUACCCUGCAACUGCGUGCCAGACCUGAAACACAUCAAGAAAGUAUACAGCUGUGAGCUCACAACUCUGGUGAAAGCUCAUAACACCAAGCGACCCAUGGUGGUAGACAUGUGCAUACAGGAAAUCGAAUCAAGAGGGCUGAAGUCUGAAGGGCUCUACAGAAUAUCUGGAUUCAGCGAUUCAGUCGAAGAUGUCAAGUCGACAUUUGACAGAGAUGGUGAGAAGACAGACAUCUCUGCCAAUGCCUAUGAAGAUAUCAACAUCAUCACGGGAGCACUUAAACUGUACCUCAGGGAUUUACCCAUUCCUGUCAUCUCAUACGACGCCUACCCCAGGUUCAUCGAGACUGCAAAGCUGGAAGACCCAGAGAAGCGGCUAAAGGCCUUCCGUGAGGCUCUGGAACUGUUGCCUGCAGCACACAGUGAAACCCUGAGGUACCUCAUGGCCCAUUUAAAGAGGGUAACGUUGAAUGAGAAGGACAACCUGAUGAAUGCAGAGAACCUGGGCAUUAUUUUUGGACCCACUCUCCUGCGUGCCCCCAACCUGGACGCCAUGACGGCACUCAACGACAUCCGCUACCAACCGCAGGUGGUGGAGUUCCUCAUCAAAAAUGAAGACAUCCUCUUCUGAAAACACACACAUCCAUCCUGCUAAGAUAAGGAAGACAUCCUCUUCUGAAAACACACAUCCAUCCUGCUAAGAUAAGGAAGACAUCCAUUCUGCUAAGAUAAGGAAGACAUCCUCUUCUGAAAAACAGACACAUCCAUUCUGCUAAGAUAAGGAAGACAUCCUCUUCUGAAAAACAGACACAUCCAUUCUGCUAAGAUAAGGAAGACAUCCUCUUCUGAAAACAGACACAUCCAUUCUGCUAAGAUAAGGAAGGAAAGAGACAGAUUUUUUGUAAAACAGCUUGAUGCUGUCUAAACACUUUUUGUGCAAAGACUUGAAGGAACUUUUCUAUUGCAUUUGUAUUACAUAUGAAUCUUUGUAAUUACAUUUGUGAUACAUCCGUUUCCACUCCCAGUUAAGCAAUGCUGAACCUUACUUUUUCUUCCCCUGUAAUGGGUGUGGAUGGUGAUGUACCUUAAACUUGCAUGUCUGUCUCCCCAUUUUUGUCGGGGCUUGUGUAGAACACUGAUGGACCAGACUUGGCCAUGUCUUUAUUUUGUGUAGCUUUGUAGCGGUAACCUAGCAUGCGAUAAAUAUUGUGAAACAUUAACCAGGUUUCCAUCCAACCUUUUAAUGCGUGUAACGUACAUGUCGGAUAAAACAUUUAAUGACAGGCCUGAUGGAAACAGAUCAUUUGUCGGUAAACUUGCCAAAUGUCAACAAAACAAAAUACGCUAGACAAGGUGGGACCUUUUCGUGUCGGUAAAAUUAAUUAUGUGAGAAAUGUUGGUGGAAACAAUUUUA